UUGCAUCCUGUGAAAGCAACCCUGAUAUCCUACCUCUAGACUACCUCUGCAGACCGACUUUUCCGUUGUCAGUACUCUUCACCUUUGAUAACUCAGUCGUCACCUCGCAACCGACAUAGGUACGAUACCCAACGACCAUUUUACCACGCGACCAUACCAUCGAGUAUCGACCCCUGCCUGGCGCCCUUCUACAAGCUACUGGACCUAGGGUAGGCAACUUGGGAGGUCCGUCCUUAUCAAAGUCCCUUGUUGCCGCGAUAAAGCCUCUCCCACACGUUGUGGAGCCUUGUCUCGUCAACCCCCCAGCGGCCGAACCGGGUGACAGCAUAUCCAUGGUUUAACAAACACGAACAAUUCAACCUUCAAACUAGGUAGAUAUCGACGACUUCACCAUCUACGACAGCAUUUGCGCGCUGCUCGAAAUCAGAUUGCCCGACAUAUUCCUCGGAUUUGAGAAUCGAGAACAAACAGAUACGCCCAAGUCAACUGACCACAUGAACUCCUCACAAAACGACAGAGCUCGAAUUCGUCAUCACAGAUAGCAACCCGAUAACAGAAUCUCGCGGCGAAAAGACAACCAAACUCGGCCCAUUGUGCUCCAUCGCUUAAUCGAAAGACGGUGAAUCGUAAGACGGUGAAUCGUCCGUCAGUAGGGAUACCAGAGGAUUUCAAGAAGCCAUAUUUCCGGCCACACUUCGGACCAUUCAUUCACCAUGACAAGACCUAGGCGGUCAUCCGCUACGAGCGAGGAGAGCGCGGGGACUGGGAGAGAGCAGGAACUGGGGAGUAUGUACGAUUACCUCGCAAAGAUCAUCCUCCUUGGGCCAAGCGGGUCAGGAAAAUCCUGCCUCCUUCAUCGCUUCGUGAAAAGCGAAUGGCGCGUUCUCUCCUCCCAAACAAUCGGCGUCGAAUUCGCCUCCAAAAUCAUAAAAGUCGGCACCGGCGCCCGCCGGAAGCGCAUCAAGCUACAACUCUGGGACACUGCCGGAACCGAGCGCUUCCGCUCCGUGUCCCGCUCCUACUACCGCGGCGCCGCUGGAGCCGUGCUCUGCUACGACAUUACAUCCCACAACAGCUUCUCCAACCUACAGCCCUUUCUCAACGACGCCCGCGCGCUCGCCUCGCCGAACCUGAGUCUCAUCCUGGUGGGGAACAAACUCGACCUAGCCGGAGGCGGCCAUCCCGGUGACGAAGAGGACCUGCUCGGCCCGCUGCCGCCACCUACACCAAGCAGUACCAGCGCGCAUAGCAUUCCGUAUACGAUUAGUAGUGUGCAUACGGGGAGCGCGGGCGUCAGCGUGGCCGGGACGCCGUUGCAAGCGGGGAGCUACGCUUCGUCUACUACAUCUACCAUCCGCCCGGGGGACAGUACGAGUACGAGUUACGGGUAUGGACUCGGGUCACAGCUACAAGCUACGGUGGCGCCGGAUGGACGAGAGGUUUCGGCGGUAGACGCGAGUCGAUGGGCAAGUAUGGUCAAUGUACCAGUGACAAUGGAAGUCAGCGCCUUCAGCGGCGAGGGUGUUGACGAGGUGUUUGGGAGACUGGCGAGGAUGAUCUUGACCAAGAUUGAGUUGGGCGAGAUUGACCCAGACGAUCCGAUGAGCGGGAUCCAGUAUGGCGAUUACGUGGGUGGAUGGAGCGGUGGUGCGAGCGAUGGAGCAAGUAUUAAAAGUUCCAUGACCGGGGACGAACAGGGAACAAGAAAUCGGAGGCGCAAGCCAAGGCGUGGAGUCCAGGGGUUGAGGGAGUGGGAGGAAGUCUUUACGCUCACCAGUGGCAGAAGGAGGAACAAUGGUUGUUGUUGAAUCUGCAUGGGUUGAUGUUUUGGGUCGUUAUUUUUCUGGGAGAAGGCGUUCUUUACCCCAGCCUUGCCUAUGAUACCAUAUGCGUCUUGCUUUUUAUCUGGUCUCAACAAUGGCACAUCCCUCGUUUUGGGAAGCAGAGGGGGACAUGUUGACAAGUCAGGGCUUUAUUAAGGGGUUUGAAAAUUGGCGUCGGCGGAGCGGUUUACUUGGACCUUUGUUUUGCAUAGCCUACCAUUAUAUUGACUUGUAGAUUAUGACAUCUUUUGUAUAUUCAAGCUUGGCGUUUACUGCCUGUAGACUUUGACAUUUGUACCAAGA